GAUGUCUGAUAAUAUAAAAAAAAAGAUAACAAUUAAAAUAUUAAUGUAGAAUAAUUAAAAUUAUAUUAUAUUAUUUAUUUGUAUUGUUUAUGUUUUAAAAUCAAAAAUUCAUACAGAAAUUGUAUUUGAAUUAAUAUAAUAAUAUAAAGCCAUAUAGAUACUAUAUUCAUCAUGGAUAAACGAUUCUCUAAAAUUGGCGAUGAUCCAAAGUUUAGGCGUGUGCCUAAAGCUGAUCGCAAAGUUAAGAUUGAUAAACGGUUUCAAUCGAUAUUCAAUGACAAACGAUUUAAAGUUAAAUAUACUAUUGAUAAAAGAGGAAAACCCCUACGUGGUUCUACUACUGAUGACUUUAAAAAGUUUUAUCAUAUGUCCGAUGAUGAAAAAGAUGACACCACAGAUUCCGAACAAAAUUCUAGUGAUGUUACACAAGAAUCAGAGUCAGAAGAGCAGACAUUAGUUGAAGAGGAUGAUGAUGUAGAGAGUAACAUAAUCUGUAAAACUAUCAGAGAUCGCCGUUUAAAAGAUAAAACAGUAGAUUAUGCUAGAGGCGAUGGUGAAUUGAUGUCUGACAGCUCAUCAGAUGACGACACAUCUUCUGAUGAAGAAAAUGAAGAAAACCUAGAACAUUGUUGGGGAGAAUUGGACAAAGAUGCUGAUAAUGUAGAGGAAGCCACAUCUAGGUUAGCCUUGUGUAAUAUGGAUUGGGACAGAAUUCAGGCAGCUGAUUUGAUGAUUCUCUUUAAUUCAUUUUCACCUAGUGAUGGUUACAUCAAAUCUGUGACUAUUUAUCCAUCUGAUUUUGGUAUAAAACGAAUGCAAGAAGAGGAACUUAAAGGGCCUCCUGAACUAAUUUCUAGUAACCCUAAGGAAAUUGGUUCGUCUGAUGAAAGUGAUCAAGAUGAAGAAGAGGGUGGUAAAUUUCACAUGGAGAAACUACGUAAAUAUCAACUUGCAAGGCUUAAAUAUUAUUAUGCUAUUAUUGUGUGCGACUCUCCUGGAACUGCUGGUAAAAUAUAUACAGACUGUGAUGGUAUAGAAUAUGAAAGCAGUGCCACACGUUUAGAUUUACGAUUUGUACCAGAAGAUACUGAAUUUGAUCAGGAACCAAAAGAGGUCUGUGAUAAAUUACCAGAUUUAACUAAGUACAAACCUCAUCUAUUCACUACUACCGCUUUACAACAAGCGAAAGUGAAUCUCACAUGGGAUGAGACAGAUCCAAGGCGUAGUGAAUUAGUAAAUAAGCUUAAGACAAACCCAAAAAGUGAAAUUAAUGAUAGCGAUUUACAGAAAUAUGUAGCUUUUAGUUCAGAAGAUGAGAAUAGUGAUGACGAAUUUGUUGAAGAAAAUAAUGAAGAUGGUGAUUCUAAAAAAAACCCAAUUGAUAAAUACAAAGAACUAUUACAAAAUAUACAAGAUGAAGAAGAAAAAAAGGCGAGUAAAGAUUCAGAAUUAGAAAUUUCUUGGGGUAUUGGUUUACAAGAAAAAGUACAAAAAUCAGUUGAUGAAAAAUCAAAGAAAAAUUUGACACCAUUCCAGAAAAUGAUGGAAAAAAAGAAGGAGAGAAUGAAAGAAAAACAAAAACUACGAAAAGAAACAAAUGAAACUAAAGAUAAUGGAAAUGAUUCAGAGGAUGAAAAUAAACAAAUAAAACAACAAGCAGAAUUAGAAUUGUUAUUAAUGGAUGAAGAACCUAGCGAAAAACAACAUUUUAAUAUGAAAAAAAUACAAGAAGAAGAAACUAAAAGCUCGAAAAAAAAGAACAAAAAGAAAACUUUAAAUGAAAAAUCUGUUAGUGAUGCUUUCUCUGUUGAUGUAAAAGAUGAUCGAUUUUCUGCAUUAUAUACAUCACAUUUAUUUAACAUUGACCCUGCUGAUCCAAAAUUCAAAAGGACAAAAGGCAUGGAAGAAUUUAUUUCUGAAAAAGCCACAAGGAGGCAACAGUACGAUACAGAAAAAGUUGAUGUUCCUCCAAAAAAGAAGUCCAAACAAUCAAUUAUUAAUCCAGAACUAUCUAAUCUUGUAAAAUCUAUCAAAAGUAAAACUAAACAUAAUAAAUAAAUCUUAAUCGACUAGACUAUAAUAUUUGUAUUGUAUGUGUAUCUACUUCUAGUAAGUAGCAGUAUAACAUAAGUUUAAUGUAUGCUAUUAUAUUAUAAUAUUAUAAUAUUAUUGUAUAAAUUAUGAUAAAAUGAAUUUAGUUACUAUAGUAAGUUAGAAGUUAUAUCUUGGUAUAAAUUCAUUAUGAUUUAUAGUUAUACUAGACACUAGGCAUAAAUAUAUAAUAUAUAUUUAUAUUCCAUUCUGACAAAUGACAAUGCUCGAUGGUGGAAGAAUUUAGUAGAAACAGCAAAAAAAUAUGAGUAAUUUUUUAACAUAUUUAUAGUAAUAUUACGAAUAAAAAUAAAAAAUAUAGUAUAUUAAUACACAUAUUUUACUAAAAUAACAUAAGAUAAUCUGGUUUUAAAAUAAAACAUGGAAUUGUUUUAGGAUAUCUUUUACGGUUAGGUCAUAAAUUCUUUGUUUGAAAGAGCAUUCGAUAGAGUUUUUAGAUAAUAAAUGUAUUUUUUGAAAGGGCGUGGAUAUGUAUAAGGGCAUUUAAAUCAGAGCCUUAGUUAUAAGUAAUAAUCAGGGUUAGGAACAUAAUAUAACACAAAUGUCUACUUAUAUACUAACUGUAUAUACCUACUUCAAUAACGUUAUAUACCUAUUAUUAAUUUUUAUUAUUAUUAUAUUAAUAUGAUUUAUGACGUAUAAACACUAUGUAGUAUAUAAAAUUGAUAUUAUACUGUGUUGGGGCUAGUAUUGUUUAUUGUUGAGGACGGUUGUGCCUAUACAGUAUACAUAGUUUAAUCAAAUAGAAUUAGUUUAUUUAUAUAUUGUAAUAUUUCUACAAUAAAUUUUACAAUAAAGUUUUAAUGAUUGUAUCCAAUAAGCCUUUAACUUUUUAGAUUCUGAGCGGAGCGAUGAAUGUAUUAAUUUUACAAUGAUGUGUGUUUUAUUUUAUUUAUUUAUUUUUUUGUCUGUCAUCAACUUUUAGAACACUAAAAAUGCUUAGAUUUUCUUCAACAGUAUCUUUUUUGAUAGGAAAAUGAAUAUAGUUGGUACUUUGGGUGGUCAAAAGUAAAACACUCCCAGUAGUUUUCAAAAGUGCAGUGAAAAACAAAAGAAAAAUUAAGGAAAAACGGGAAAUUUACGCAAAAUCUGUUUUCGAAAAAAUUGAAUCUAGCGGAAUUAGAAAUCGAUUUUGGUUUUUGGUGUAACUCUUAAACAAGUUACCGUAGGUACAUGGCAUUUUGACUGCAUGUUUAUAUUAGCAUUUGCUAUACACCAUAACAUUUUCCAAAUAUUUUGACUUAUUUUGAGCUGUUUACAGACAUUUUCAGUUUUUAUUUUUUUUUUCUAUAAAUAUUAAUAAAAUUGUAUUUGUUGGUUAGAAAAGCUUGAAAAUUUAAUAGGAGGCUCCUAGUAAAUUGUUUAAAAGGCAGAUGAAAAAAAUUAAAAAUCCAUAGUCACAGUUUUUUUUUAUAAGUAAUCAUUUAAAUUUCAAAUAUUGACAAAAUACGUAAAAAUGACGAAAAUUUUCAAACUAUUUUGAG